GCAAUUUACCGUCGCAUCGAGGAAGCGGCUUUUAUUUAUCGGACACAAUAAUGGCUGCUACCCAACAACACCGCCGUGUACUGAACGCCCCAGUCGACAUUGGAGGGUCCCCGGUGUUUUUGUCUUCGCCCUGAAGCCGCCACUACCUCCGUUCCUUCCCUGGCCUGACUGCCUACCCACAAUGCACUGCCAGAGGCUUUUGUGUGUCUCUGACAGACCGACGUAACCAUCGCUGCUGCCAAUUCACCAGCCAGUCCACAUCACAGCAACACAGCAGAAAGGUCUUGCCCUGGUUGAUCUUGUUCAUUGUCUUACUGGAAUCAUGUCUGGCCCAGGGGACUUACCAGCCCUAGAGGGGCCCGGGAUGGGCGGGAUGGGCGGGAUGAAGCUUCCCAUUGGGAUGACCCGACGAGCCCUCAGCUACGACGAUAACCUGGAGGCCCCCAUGUCCACGCCCCCCCACGACAUCAGCAUCAACAACCUGUGGAGACGACCCAUCAUACCGGAAAGGAGGUUCUCGCACCUGGCUGAGGAGGAUGAGGCUGGUGCUGUGAGUCAGUCUACAGGGCCGGACAGCGCCCCCUCCAGGUCACCAAGUGUAGUGAAAGCCAAGGCCUCCUCUGUCAUCAUGAAUUCUCUCAUCACCAAGCAGACACAGGAUAGUGUGUACAAGUUUGAGCAGAGGGUGGGUCUCACUGACACCAGCUACACGCCCCACAAAGGCCUCACCGCUGAGGAGACGAGACACCACCACCGGAUUCCAGAAUCCCUACAUAAACUGCAAAUCCGGAGCAUGGAGACCAGAGAAGAGCGGCAGACCUCCUCCACCCAGUCCACUCCAUCCAACACACCACACAGCUCUCCAAAACAACAACGCAGGGCCUGGUUCGGCAGUACAAGCUCAGAGGUCAGCGGUAGCUCCACCAACAGCAGUGUGGACCUGGGAGACGCAGUCGGAGGGGGAGGGGGAGGAGGUGUAGGUGGCGUGGUGGAGCGGUGGAGCAUGUUUGGGCCGCGGCCGCUUGUACAGAAGUCGACCUCUGACCUGGAAUCAGAGCACAACACAAAUGCAGCAGGCUUUGCGCUGCAGGCGUACCGUGGUGCCCAGAAGCCAUCCCCCAUGGAGGUAAUGAAGUCACAGGCCACGCGUCUGGGUGACAACCCUGCUGCUCAGGCGGCGGCCCCUCCCAAAAUGGAGAUUCCCACAGUAGAGGGUCGACGUCAGGGAGCUCGACCGCACAAGAUCAAACACAGAGACAUGAACAUCCUGACGCCCUCUGGCUUCUAACACGUCACAUGACAUCAAAGCUGCACGUCACUCAGACGCUAAAGGUCCCAUAAAAUGAAAGCUUCUCUCUCAUAUUGUUACACAACUCAGCUGCUUUCAAAUGUUGACGUCUUGCACCUGAGAUGGCAUUUCCAUCCAGUGAAUUUGGGGUGAGCAAACUGACCCCUUCAAAUAUUAACGUUAUUACAACUUUGGUCUGAUUUUUGUAGUUUUGUACAUUAAUAAUAACACUGCACUCAACAAGUUAAUAACUGACAUCUGGAAUAGCAACAAUAUUUUUAAAAAGAUGUCAGAUGAGACGGGUUGUAAACAAAGCCCCAGGUUAGAGAAGAAAACAAGGAGGAAUUGAAAAAGUGUUUGUUGUACACAACCAUCAUAGUUUACAGACCGAGUUCCUGUGUCAACUUUGACCUACUGUAACUACUGUAGUUGUAUGGUUUUCCAGUCAGCGAAGUGGAUUAAUUAAUCUGGCUAAACUGUUUACAACCUGUAGGAUCCUCUGACCGUUGCUUCUUGCCCCACCGGACUUUGUUGCAUCAGUGUCUGCGUGUUCCCAGAACUUAAAUAACUACUGAUGGUCAAAACCACAAAAGCAAGACCCAGGUUGUGUUGUGGAAUUAUACUUGAAGCUAACUGCCGCUAGCUACGAAUACAUAGGCUUGAAUUUUGGUGCCGGUUUGCAACAUCCUCAAUAUUAGUAGCACAGUUGUCUGCUGACGAUGGCUCCAAAGUAUCUGCUCUUAAUUGUGCCGGUCAUGACAUUUCACUCGGUCUUGUCUUCCUCCUCAGUAACAGUCAGUUUUGGAGGGAAGCAGCUAUUAUCAGUGUCCAUUUUGCAGUCUUUUUUUUUCAUAUAAAAACCACAUUAAACCUAAAUCUAAAAGUCAUUUUAUGGGACCUCUUUAACAGCAGCACCCACAUUCAGAUAGCCAUUGUACUGUCCACCAUCUUCACCACUGAAACAACUCUGGUUAAAAAAAAAAAUGUAGACAGUUUCCCAUCUGCACUGCUUUGUGGCAUUUACUGUGUUGCUUGGCUAUAAAAUCCAACUCUCUGCGAUCCUUCACCCUUUUAACUGUUCCAUCCAGUUGCAGCAUGCUCACAUAAACAUGGGCUCAAGUUAACAAAUUCAGCAUGUAUCAACCUGAGUCCAGAUAACCUAGUGGACCACUGACUGACAACUUUGCCCAGUUGAAGGUGAAGGUGAAGAUGAAGGUGACCCUGAUUGAAAAGGAUAUCCCUGUAAAUGCACUUUAUCCCCACUCUUCCCACCACAGAGACUAGCUCUGUUAUCUGCUCACCAGGAUGCAAAUUAAUGCAAGAAAAAACCUCCUCUGCUUCAGAGUUGAUAGUCUUUACAUCCUGUCUCUUCUUAAAGGGGCAUUUCACUAAGCAGGGUGGGAUUAAUAUGUCUAACAAAUGGCUUAAGUGUAGUUUAAUACCAAUAAAACCAACUGAACAAAAAAGAUCCAUAGAAAAUUGUACAAAUUCUGUCUCAGGAAAUCUUGGAAAUUUGACUCCUGCUCACUGAAACGUUCCACUUGUUUUGCGUUACACUUUUUUUUUUUGCUGUUUUAGUGUAUAGAUUAAGAUUUUUUUUUUAUCUGCUACAGUAGCAACAAAUUUUGUUCCUUUUAGGAUCAGAAGAAAAAAUGACCACCUGGUGUGUGUGUGUGUGUGUGUGUUUGCAGAAAUCAGAGCUACAUGUGACCAAGACUCACACAUUGACAUGGUCCAGUGUUUCCAUUACUGGAGUCAAAACAGAAAAGUUAAAAGAACCAAAAAGAAGAAGAGGUUUAGAGUCUCUUUAAAGGUUCAGUGUGUGAGCUCAGAUUUUUUUCUACCCAUGGUUACAUAUGAAGGAUUCCUGUUUCUGUUUCUGAUGAGUUUUGGUGCUUAACUGACUAAAGAGACCACUGGCCAGAUCCUGCAGAAACCUUGUGUCACUCAGAAAAAGGGAAACAUCUUGCCUUACAAUAACAUUAAAUGACUGAAAUACAGGGUUUAUUUUAGAACUGCUAGCUUACUGCUAAUAAAUGCAUAUUCAUACAAGGUUCCUGCAAGAUGCUGUGGUUGUGUGUAAAGCUUCAAAGUGCUUAAUAAGCACUAUGAUUCACCUGUUAAAUGAAAUGUAGGGCUGGUUGUUGUUGUUAUUAUUGCACUUUUAUUAUUAAGUAGAAACACUCUGUUGGCUCGUGAUCUGUGUAAUGUACCACAGCAGUGGAAGAGGUUGUCUGUUUUAUGGAGUAAAUAUUUCAAAUGCAAGUAAUUUGCCACCUGUAACUGCUGUGGUGUCAAUCAAAUGUUGUCAGUUUUCUUUUUAUUUUGACAAACGAUCUUAAAGCUGGACAGAAAACACACUCUGUUGUCAGCAGCUGUAAAUAUUAAAUGAAUAUGACUGUUUCUGCUCUGUUCAAUUUUGUUGUUACCUAGUUUGUGUUCACAAGUGCUCUGUGUUUAAAGUGACGCUGUUCCCUUUAAAUCUCUCCCUGACUGUGAAGUAUCACAUCUGUAUGGUAGUGAGUCUAUUACAGUUUCUGUUUCUGUUCCACAUUUUUCCCAGUGGAUGUUCAGAGACAUUUUCUUUGAUUUGUACAGUCUCUGUACUGUUUUCUUUUUCUUUGCCUCAACAGUCUGGAAAUUGAGAAUAAAUGUUAAAUUUCCAUCAGAAAAACAAAA